AUGGUUGCCCCGGACGUCACACUCACGCAUCUGAAUCGCGCCGAUGGCUCUGCGACCUACACACACAACGGCUACUCCAUCAUUGGCGCAGUCAAUGGCCCCAUCGAGGUACAAAGGAGGGAUGAGAUACCUGAGGAAGCCACAAUCGAAGUGAACGUCAGGCCAGCUUUUGGGGUAGGAAGCCCAAAAGAGCGACACCUAGAAACUCUUCUCCACAACACAUUACGCAGUAUCAUCUUAGUAAGAACCAUACCACGGACAUUGGUGCAGAUUACACUCCAAGUGAGGAGUUUGCCAGAGGAAGACGCGUCUACGGGUAUCAACACAAGUCUAACCAUUCUCCCACAUCUCCUCCACAGUGCUCUCCUCGCACUCCUCUCUGCCUCGAUACCGCUCUCCGCAACCGUAACCUCUGUACUGGUCGCUAUCCCGUCAGCUACCACUAGAGUUUCCACUCCACUCCUCUCACCCACCGCCAACGAACUCCUACGCGCGAAACCUAUACGCUCCGUCCACGUCUUCGCCUUUUCGGGAGACAGGCGGUUAUUAUUGAACGAGAGCGAUGGUGCGUUCAGCUAUGAAGAGUGGGAAGAGGCAUGUGAGAUGGCGGAAGGCGUAUGUUGUGGAGAGGAGGAGGAGGGUGGAGUGAAACUCGAUGACGAGGGGAUGGAUAUUGAUGGACAAGAGCAAGGCGAGAACUUGGAAAAGUGGCUGAGAGGGGUUGUGAGGAAGAAGGUCGAAUACGAGCAGAGGUGGAAGGCUGCUACUUGAGUCGUGGGAGCAGGCAUAUAAGAGCUGGAAGUCGCGAUAAUAUCUUGGCAAGACGAUGCAUGCAGGAGGCAAGCUCGGGGUACAUGUUUGCCUGACAAUCUUCGACUAUACCGAAGAGACGGGUUGGAGUCAAGCCAGACAACCCUCGUAGCUCGAUAGCUUUAAGGUUAUAGAAGAGAGGGGGCUCACGGGAGCGCCUCUUCGUAUGCAAAAGAUGUCCAACCCCGAUUUGAAGCAAAGGAACAUGGAAGACAUGAGCAGUCAGACUUGGCACAACAAGUCGGUUGCAGAAUUAGGAAGAAUUGUGGCACUCAAUAUGUAAAUUGCUACAAGUGCUAAAUAUGCAAUGCGUCAUAUCGUGUUCAAUCAUGAUAUCGUAGUCGUAGAUCGUAUCCAGCGCCGCGCCAUGCCAGGGAAAUGCUCAAGCAAUUCAAAAGAAACCAAUUG